CGAACUUGCAUGGAGUGGUGGAAUGGCCUUUCACCAACCAGAAAACCAUCAAACCCAACAACGUCGUCGUCGUCGCGAAUCCCUGGGACUCUUGAACCACUUGGAAUGCUCUUCCGUAUUUGGACUGGAAUGCACCGCUCCGGAUUUGACUUGUGGCGAAACUAACUAAAAAAAGUGCAUUAAUUGAAUUUUCCUUCGUCGUAUUUUUAUCUUAUCCUCUUCGACAAUGUAAAAAUGUUUGUUGAUGAAAAAAAAAGAGUUAUUUUUCUUAAUUAAUUGAGUGCUCCAAUAACAAAAUAUAUCAAAUUAAUCAACAUUUGUGUGAAAAAAUAUUCUAUACGUGAAAAAGAAGUGCAUGUGCAACCAAAGGCAAGAGAAAAAAUCAAUUUAAAAAAUCUGUCGACAUCAUCAAAUUUGUUUGCUUUUUUUUCGUUGUAUAGUAGUUGUCAGUGGUUCUCUUAUGGUGCAAGUGACCAACAGCAUACCCAUUGGAAGACAAAGAAACUAUACAUUACAAAUCACCAAAUUACCGUAAAAAUACAUAUUCAUGUGCAAAUAUAUAAAAGAAAAUUGAAAGAAAGUUAGAAAGAAAAAUCUCGUUCGCAAGUUCAGAAGUGAGAUUGGUUCAAUAGAAAAGUGAAAAAUGGCUCUGAAAAAAGUUAAAGGCAAUUUCGAACGUAUGUUUGAUAAAAACCUCACCGAUCUGGUACGAGGCAUACGUAAUAAUAAGGAUAACGAGGCUAAAUAUAUUUCCCAGUGCAUUGAAGAAAUUAAACAGGAACUGAGGCAGGACAAUAUAAACGUAAAAUGUAAUGCAGUGGCCAAAUUAACUUAUAUACAAAUGCUUGGCUAUGAUAUAUCAUGGGCUGGCUUUAAUAUAAUCGAAGUAAUGAGUUCUUCGCGCUUUACUUGCAAACGUAUUGGUUAUUUGGCUGCCAGUCAAUGUUUUCAUCCCGAUAGCGAGCUCCUUAUGUUAACCACGAACAUGAUACGCAAAGAUUUGAACUCACAAAAUCAAUAUGAUGCUGGUGUAGCAUUAAGUGGUCUCAGUUGUUUUAUAUCCCCCGACUUAUCGAGGGACUUAGCCAAUGAUAUUAUGACGUUGAUGAGUUCAACCAAACCCUAUCUGCGCAUGAAAGCCGUCCUUAUGAUGUAUAAAGUAUUUCUUCGUUAUCCGGAAGCUUUAAAACCUGCAUUUCCUAAACUUAAAGAGAAACUGGAAGACCCUGAUCCAGGCGUACAAUCCGCUGCCGUUAAUGUUGUUUGUGAAUUAGCACGUAAGAAUCCUAAAAAUUAUCUUCCUUUAGCUCCCGUAUUUUUUAAACUAAUGACAACAUCAACCAAUAAUUGGAUGCUUAUUAAAAUUAUUAAAUUGUUCGCCAGCCUUACCACUAUUGAACCAGCAUUGGGGCGUAAAUUAACUCAACCCUUGAUUGAAAUUAUUUCCAGUACAUCGGCUAUGAGUUUAUUGUACGAAUGCAUCAAUACGGUUAUAGCAGUCUUGAUCAGCAUCAGUAGUGGUAUGCCCAACCAUAGUGCCUCUAUACAACUUUGUGUCCAAAAGUUGCGUAUCCUAAUUGAAGACUCGGAUCAAAAUUUGAAAUAUUUGGGUCUGUUGGCCAUGUCGAAAAUCUUAAAAACGCAUCCCAAAAGUGUUCAAGCGCAUAAGGAUUUAAUUUUGGCUUGCCUAGACGACAAAGAUGAAUCAAUUAGACUGAGAGCUUUGGAUUUGCUCUAUGGCAUGGUAUCGAAAAAGAAUCUCAUGGAAAUCGUCAAACGUCUCUUGGGACAUAUGGAGAGAGCUGAGGGUUCCAGUUAUCGUGAUGAAUUACUCUACAAAGUAAUUGAAAUUUGUUCGCAAAGCUCAUACCUUUAUGUUACCAAUUUCGAGUGGUAUUUAACAGUGCUGGUGGAGUUGAUACAAUUGGAGGCGGGUUCAAAACAUGGUCGUUUGAUAGCGGAACAAUUAUUGGAUGUUGCGAUUAGAGUGCCUGUUGUGCGUCAAUUCGCUGUUAAAGAAAUGACGUCUCUCUUGGAUACGUUUUCCAUUUCAUCGCAAAGCAAUUCGAUGUAUGAGGUUCUAUAUGCGGCCGCCUGGAUUGUAGGUGAAUUUUCAAAUGAAUUGGAGGAUGCCGAGCAUACCCUAAACAUAUUGCUGCGGCCUCGUCAAGUGCCGGGACAUAUACAAAGUGUUUUUGUACAAAAUGUCAUCAAGUUGUUUACGCGAUUGGCCACAACAUGCCUGGAAAACGAGGAUCCUGAUGGUUUAGUACGGUUAUGCAAUCAAGUAUUAGAGAAACUACAAGAAUUUAAUAGCUCCGAUGAUAUCGAAGUACAGGAACGUGCCAAUUCCGCUUGCAUUCUAAUCGAUAUGUUACGAGCCCAAUUUGACGAGGCCAAUAACGAAACGUGCAAUCAACAUGCUGAUUUCAUUGGCACCGACGACCAUCCCAUUGCGAUGCCCAGAUCUUCAACUAUACCCACAUUGGCAAUUGAAAUUGUUCAAGAAAUGGCACUACUCUUUGCCGGUGAUUUAAUACCUGUGGCACCCAAAGCCCAACGCAAAGUUCCUUUACCUGAUGGCCUUGAUUUGGAUGAGUGGAUUAAUCCACCUCCCGAAGAUGAUAGUGAUGAAUCGUCGCACGAUGAUAAAGAGGAACUCUUCGUUAGUGCAUCGGCUCAGUUGGACGAAGGCAAACGGAGACCAAGUGAAGAGUUGACACCCGAGCAAAUUGAACGUCAACGCAUGCAACGUAUGAUCGAACAAUCGAAUAAUCCACACUACCUGAAAUCAUCCCCAUCCACGCCAGAUGUUGGCUCAUCAAAUGCCAGAUCAUUGAGUAGUAAUAAUUCGCAACAUAAUGCCGAUCAAUACGAUAAUAUCGAUGAUAUACCCAUAACAGAGUUGUCAUUGGAUAUUCCAUUGAAAGUGGGAGCAACAAAACGAUCUGAUCAAUAUAUACUGCAAGAGAAAGCCAACAGUAAGGAGAAGAAGAAACAUAAAAAAUCGAAAAAGAGUAAAAAAUCAAAAUCAAAAACCACUUACAAUUCCACUUCCGAAUCUGAAGAUGAACCCAAACCGAUGCAUAUUGUCAACACCACAUUGGAUAUGCCUGAAGGUGUUGCAUUGUCUGAUGGCGAUGAUAAGGAUGGUAAAUUUGAUUCAGAUGAUCCCCAUAGAGCAUUGGAUAUUGAAUUAGAUAUACCCGAUUUGGAGGAACCUAAAUAUCGAAAUAGUAAAAAGGAUUCCACCGAACAUAUGAUUGCAACGGAAAAAGAGAAAAAAUCAAAAUCGUCCUCGACGACUAGCCACAAAAAGGAAAAAAAGAAAGACAAGGAUAAGGAGAAUGACAAGGAUAAAGACAAGUCGUCACAUAAGAAAAAGUCAUCAACGAAAUCUUCGUCGUUAGCUGUAAAUAAUAACGAAGUGAACAGUGCCAAUCUGUUGGGAACUUCUCUGGAAGAAUUGGAAGCACCCAUUAACAUUUCCAAUGCAAUCACCAACACAACCGCCGCAAUCAUUCCUCCAUUAGAAACGACCCUGGAGAAGCGAAAGAAACACAAGUCCCACAAAUCAUCUACGUCAACAAAGGAAUUGAAAAUGUUGCAAAAUAACGAUAAUGACCCCAUUGAUACUUCUACUAAGACUACCUCCAAAAAGAAGAAGGAUAAGAAGGAAAAGGAGCACCAUCACCAUCACAAGGACAAGAAAAAGUCUAGCCACCACCAGCACCACCACCACCACAAGUCAUCUGCGGCAACCAAUGACUAUGAGGAAGCCCUGGGCAUUUCAACGCCCAGUAAAGAAAUUUUUUAAGUUGGACUUUUGUAUUCAAUAUUUUAUGAAAAGUCAAAGUAAUAUUUUUAAUUGAUUUAUUUUAGUACUGAACAGAAAUAUUUAUAUAAAUAUAUAAUCAAUGCAUACUGAUGAAGCAAGUAAAAAGAAAAAAAUGCCCUGAUUUUGAAUCUAUUUAUUCGUUUUAUUUUUUUCUCAAAGAAAAAAAUUGUUGGCGGUUUUUGUUAUAUAAAAAAUAAUUUGUGUAAACAAAAAAAAGGAAAAAACAAAAGAACACGUACUGUAAAACAAUUUAUGAACAAUUAUUUACAAAAUCAAAUAUACAUAAAAAGCAUACAUAUUUAGUUUAUAGUAAAAGAAGAGGAACCCCCUAAGAAGAAUAUUUCAAAUGCAAAAUAUUAAUAUUUUAUAUAUAAUCAUAUAUUGUAUAAAUUAUAUUUAAUAACCAAUAAACAAUAAUAUUCCCUACAUACAUACAUGCGAUAUAUAAAAAUUCAAAAUACAAUUGGCAUAAGCAUCUCUCUGAACGCAGAACAACCAGCAACACCCAAUGAUCAAUCUCUAAUUACGUCCAUAAUUUUAAAAAUACAUGCUUACAUGCACAUUUAUAUUUUUGAAUUUAUUAUAAUUAUUGCUAUGAUGACAGGUGAAAUAUCUCAUUUAAUGUAUUGUUGUUGCUUCUCUAUCGAAAAUCAAUCAAGUAUACAAUUUUCCGAUUCCGUUUAUGCUAUUAUUCUCGAGUUAUUAAGUUAUAUAAUUCACACAUAAGAAAAAUCAUUUCACAUAACCAUUUGGUUCACGAUUCCAUAGAACGAAUGUGUUUCAUAUUUUAAUUGUUUUAGUCGCACGGCCGCUAUCGCCUCAAAGGGACCGAGAUCAAGUGAACAAAAUAUUUUUUGAACUUUUGAAAAAACGAAACUUUUAAACAUUCUGUCGAAGACUAAUUGGUUUUCAAUGAUUUUGACUAUUUUCGGUUAUUGACCAACUAAUAACUAAAUCACAAGUUUUACCACCAACCCAAUAACAACCUAAACCCAUAAGUUAUUCAACAUUAUGAGAUUCAUAAAAACAAAUAUUAAUAAAUAAAUAAAAGAAAACUGUUUGAAACUGCAAA